CCUCGGCAACAAAACCCGCCUUCGCCGUGGCGUCCUCGUUCUUCCUCGCAUCCAAUUAGACUGAGCAGGGAGGUGGAGGCAAACCCCGCUGCGCAGGCGCAGUUCGGGCGAGGAAGGCGAAUCCGUGCUGACAAUGCAGGGGGAACCAAAUCCCUCCGAGUCGCUCAUCGACAGGACCAUCAAGAUGAGGAAGGAAACGGAAGCGAGGAAAGUUCUCUUGGCCUGGGGAUUCCUCAACCUGUCACUCGCUGGCAUGGUCUACACCGAAAUGUCUGGAAAACUAAUCAGUUCCUAUUACAACAUUUCGGGCUGGGUCCUCUGGUACAUUGAACUUGGCUUUGCCUCUUUGUUCAGCCUCAACGCCUUAUUUGAUUUCUGGAGGUACUUCAAAUACACCAUGGCUCCUACCAGCUUAGUUAUGAGUCCUGGACAACAGACACUCCUGGGACUGCAGAACGCAGCGGUCCAGACUACACCGCCCCGUGAGCUGGUGCCCAAGAAGACGCCUCCUUCGACCCCCUCCCCUCCCAUCCAGGGGCAGAGUGUCCUGAGUUACAGUCCAUCCCGCUCCCCCAGCACCAGUCCCAAAUUUGCAACCAGUUGUAUCUCCGGCUACAGCCCACAGCUGCAAGCCUUGUCAGGAAGCAGUGGAUCCUACAGCCCAACUGCCAGUUUCUCUCCGGGAAGCAGCUACAGUAAGGUGCCGCCGUUCACUCCUUCUCCGGGUCCCUUGAUGUACCCGGCUAGCAUUGGGCCCGUGGACAGCGGCGGGAUGAGGUCCAGAUAUCGCUCCUCGCCGACCGUCUACAAUUCCCCCACGGGCAAAGCCGACUACAUGACGGAUUUGAAGUCGCUCGACAGCUUCCUUCAAAACGAGGAGGAGAAACAGCACCGGGUCCAGCUGGGCAGCUCAGAUUCCAGCUCUCCUUCAAACAGUCCGACUUUUUGGAACUACGGUCGCUCCAUGGCGGACUAUGCCCAGAUGCUCAGGAAAUUCCAGUACCAGCCAGCCUACAGAUCCCAGGCCCCCUCCGCUCACAAGGAUGAAGCCGACUUGAGUUCGAAGCAAGCCGCCGAAGAGGUCUGGGCACGCGUGUCGAUGAGCAGGCAGCUGUUUGAUCACAUGGAUUCCUGGACCGCCAAAUUCAGAAAUUGGAUCAACGAGACAAUUUUGGUGCCUCUGGUCCAGGAGAUGGAAUCUGUAAGCACUCAGCUGCGAAGAAUGGGGUGUCCAGAGCUGCAGAUUGGAGAGGCCAGCCUUAGCAGUCUGAAGCAAGCCGCUUUAGUAAAAGCCCCCCUUAUUCCUACUCUGAACACAAUAGUCCAGUACUUGGAGCUGAGCCCGAAUCAGGAAUAUUUAGUAGAAAGGAUCAAAGAGCUUUCCCAAGGCGGGUGCAUGAGUUCGUUCACCUGGAACCGAGGAGGAGAUUUCAAAGCACGCAGAUGGGAUACUGAUUUACCCACCGACUCAGGAAUCAUUAUGCACGUCUUCUGCACGUAUCUUGACUCCAGGUUGCCUCCCCAUCCGAAGUCUCCGGACGGCAAGACGUUUACCUCCCAGCAUUUCAUUCAGACACCUGAUAAACCAGAUAUGUCGAACGAGAAUUUGUUCUGCGUCUAUCAGAGCAGCAUCAACCCUCCCCAUUACGAGCUGAUUUAUCAACAACAGGUCUACAAUCUCCCUAAGGGACGAAACAACCUGUUCCACACUUUGCUGAUGUUCCUGUACAUCAUCAAGACUAAGGAAUCCGGAAUGCUCGGGCGAGUCAACCUUGGAUUAUCCGGCGUGAACGUUCUCUGGAUUUUGGGAGACUAGCUGAUUUUUCCAGCCACAAACUCUUUAACUCCAAGAGGAUAAAUCUUUUCCUAGGAAAAUAAUUUACCUAUGAGAUGGUACCGCCUUGAAUUUCACUGCCCUACAAAGAGAGAACUGCUUUAUUUUUAUUUUAUUUUUUUUACCAACAGUGGAACAGUAAAAAAUAUAUAUAUA